AGUUUUGUAAACUUAACUAAAUACUAUAAAUACGUAGACAAAGUACUAAAGAAGAAGUUAGAACUAAUGUAUAUUAGAAUUCUAGGUUUCUUUAAAGCUUUCUUUAGCAAAAUUAUAAGCCUUAAGCUAGCAGCGCAGGUAGUGUUUAAAAAGUAG